CUCACACCCCCAUGCCCGUCCCCGUCCGCACGCCGUCGCCCGCGCCGCUGUUCCCCCCGCUCACGGUGAGCGAGGUGGACGCCGCGCGCACGUCGGCAUGGUACGACACGUUCGAGGACAUCACCUUUGCCGCCAGCAUCGUGGACAUUGACGCGCUGGGCGAGCGCGAGGCCUUCCUCGAGUGGCUGCAUUCAGACUCGAUCUUCAUGCCCGAGGACGACGAGGCCGGCCCAUCACGGCAGUCGUCGCCCGACCCCGAGGCGCCAGUCUACCGCCUGCCCAAGACGAGCGCAGCGAUACGCGCCGCGUUGAGAAAGUACGGCGGGGCCGUGUUUCCCAAGCUCAACUGGACGUCGCCAAGGGACGCAGCCUUCCUCCUCCCGCAGACCGAGUUCGGGCCCCUCCACUGCAUCUCCCCAGACGACGUGUACCUCCUCCUCAAGAGCUCGGACUUUAUACAGCACGACCUGGACCCCGAGCGCGCGUACGAGGGCUGCGUGGGCGCCGAUGCUGGUGCCGAGAGCCCGCCAGAGCCGCGCAUCGAGCUCGUGUUAAAGAAGUUUGUCGAGCUCAACCCUGCGUGCGAGGUGCGGUGUUUUGUGCGCGACAAUAUCUUGCUUGCCGUCUCCCAUCGCGACACAAACUACUACGACCAUCUCCAGGACCCAGAGGUGCAACAAAAGCUCGUGGACAAUGUGCGCGCGUUCUGGGAGGACGAGGUGCGGGGGGACUAUGCCGGGGGCGAUGACUACAUCUUUGACCUAUACAUCGACGAGCGCAACACCUCGGCGACGAUCAUGGACUUCCAGCCCUACCGCCCGGCGACCGACUCGUACCUCUUCAGCUAUCCCGAGCUGCAGCAGAUAUUUGUGCGUGCGCAGGCGCCGAUCCCAGAUGGCGGCGACGACCGACCACGGCUGCCGCUGCUCCGAGUGAUUGACAGCGCGGCGCACCCCGAGGCGAACCGCAACGCGCCGACUUUCAGCGCCAACAUGAUGCCGCUCGAGAUGCUCGAGAUGAGCCAGGGCCGGAGCCUCGCCGAGCUCCAGGAGGCGUGGGAGGCAGCCGUGGCGGCGGGCAUGGCGGGUGGCGGCGACGACGACGACGAGUCGGACGACGACAGCGUCGAGUAGGGUGUAAGUACGAGUCACUGUCACGUCACUGUAUCACAGUCUGCAUGUCUGCAUCUCAUUCAUUACGGU